UGGCCCAAGUCUGAAGGUUAUAUUUCCUUAAGGGAGCUUUAUCUCUGGGGGAAAAAAAAAAAACCUCUUAAUCCUCUCGACUUCUAGAUACAGGAGCACAUCAUCUUCAGUUGUUAAGGCUGAAGUGUAUCCUUGGAGGGUGGGUGUAUGUGUGUGUAGUGUGUGCAACAGGAAGAUCCUAAAAUAACUUGAAAACUUCUUUGCACUUUUAAGAACAAAAAUACUGGAGAUUUGGAUAUAAAAGUCAGUACUACCAUGUAGUUAACAUCUGUCAGUGGUUUUGUUUAAAACACAAUGCUCACAUCAGGAGCUUGUGUUAUGAACUUUCCUUUUGAGACUUUAGAUUAUAGAUAUUUUGUAUGAGGCCAGCUUUCAUCUUCCUGAGAUAUGAAAGUACUGGGGACAUCAGCUAUUUAGUAUAUCAGUUUGCUAGUUACUUUGAACCUCACAAAAAUACACUAAUGAUAGCACGUGAAGGAUGUAGUUGUAUACUACAGAAAUAGAUAAAAUGUGCAGAAUGUGGCUCAGGGUAGGGAAAGAGUAGAAGAGGUCUGGUGCCAUAGGUUCAGUCCUGUGAAAAAAUACUUGCUGUUGUUUCUGUUUACAGGAAAGUUAAAUAUUUGCUUUUCUGGAGAGAUGCUGAAUAAACAGUGAGGAGGUUAUAGUACAGCUACAGUACCUGGCUUUUUAAAAGACAAAGUUUGGAGGAAGAUUUGAGCAGCGUGGUAAAAGCACCAGAAGAGUUUCCUGUGAUGUAAUCAGAAUUCUGUGUCCAGAGGUUUAUUUCUAUUUUUCCUUUGGUUAGCUAGUGUCUUAGUAUAUUUUCUAUUCUACCAUCAUAUGGGAUGAGCUGUUUUUAAAAAAAACAACCCUACAGCUUGAAUUGAACUGAAACUAAGUACUCUGAAGAUGGCUAUUAAUAAGUCAGUUUCUUCUGUUGUAAGGUCAGUGAAACAGUGCUUUAAUUUUGUUUAUACUAUGGUUAGAAGUGUAAAAUCAAGUGCAAAUGGGGGAGGAGAAGGUUCAUAGUAGAAAUGAAAAUUUAGAAUUUAAAGAAUAUCCUAUUUUGAUAUCUACAGGGCCAGCUUCUCAUCCCAUAAAGGACAGUAUAAUUGCUUGUGCAUAUCAUAGGAAUCAAGUUAUUAACUACUUACAGGUUAGGAUAUUUAUCAAGCUGUACCAAAUCAAAGCUGCAAGUUAAAAGAAUAUACUGUUUUUACCUAAAAAAUCCUAACCCGUCAGUGUUGGGGGUGUAUGAGAAUUCCAGAGGGGGGAAAAAAGUUACACUUUCACAUUAUAUUGCUCUAAUCCUUUGUCUUCUGAUGUGUUGCUGUCUUAUUUUUGUAAUUUUAUUCAGAGCUUGAAGCUGUACUGUGUAACAGACAUAAAGAAACUGUUACCCAGAGGUAGAAUUAGUGUGGUUUAUUUUCAGUGUAUAGGGCUUAAGUAAAGACUUGAUGAAACUAUAUUUGGAUGUAACUUUUAAAAACAGGGAUUUAGGCAUCUGACUACCAUUAAUAUUCAGGAGUGAUAGGAAACUAAAGCUGUGUCACCCUUUUUAGAUUACCUUGGCCUAAUGCUUAAGUGAUUAUCAUGGUGAGUGAAUACUAUUAAUGAAUAGUGAAAUAUGGAGUAAGUAAUGAGUACUUCUAAGGUAUCUUAAGGGUAAUUUAAGGCCAUAUAUGUAUGACGUGGCUAAACCACGUCACACCACACAAUGUUUCUAGAGUAUUUAACUACUGCAAGAGGAUAUUUAAAGCUAUUAAAUUUUGUCCUAUGUAUAGUAAAUCACUAGAGAUUAACAAACUGUUAAUGACAUAGCUGUUAAUUUAAAAACCUUUAAAUUUAGAUUUCCUGUCUUAUGUUUAGGUCAGGAGAAAUAUGCUAGGUACCAUAAUUUAUUUCUUGUAAUAGGUAUAUUUAACUUUAGUUGCAGUAUCUUGCAAAUGUAAAACUUGCUGAUGUAGUUACUGCUUUUUAAUAGAUCAUUGACCCGUCAAUCAGACUCUGACCAUUUCAGAGAUAAAAAGCUAGGCUGUCAUUGGCUAUUAUGAAUAGAGCACCUUUCCACAAAUUAAGAAAUGGUGUAAUAAUUAACAGGUAUAAUGGAUAUGCACAUUCAGGUUUCAGUUAUAUCUUUAUGAGCUUUAGUUCCUGUUAUCUUUGGUGUAGUUAACCCCUGUCUACCCACAGAUAAAUUUAGCUACAGUAUAAAAAUGGAUUUUUUGUGGUAGUGACAUUUUGCUAAUAUGAUUAACAAUUUUUUGCUCAUUUUUUAAGAUCUGUUAAGAUAAGAGCUGUUCUUUCAGACUUUUUCUUUAAAACAAGGCAAAGAACUUCACUAACAAAACUGAUUAAGUAAUAAUACUGUUCUAAAGAAGCAAAGUGAAGAUUCAUAAAACAGUUUUGCAUACAGAGAAUUUACCCAAACUCUAAUUUUUUUCUGAUUUACAAACUUAAGUGAUUAUGAGUAAUGGUGAUUCCUGGUACUGGAGUUUGGUAUCUUUGACCUAAAGAGUCGCUCGGAAAUUGCCAAAGCAGGUCAUUUGAUAGUGGACUCAUUAGGUGAACCGGGAAGUAGGCAGAGGUCACUUACCAUUUCUAAUCUUUAAAUAGCUUAAGAGAAAUCAAAAUUUUACGUUUUGAAAAUAAAUGAUAUUUUAGUUGCAAAAAUUCAUUAAAUAACAUCAAGAUUCAAUUGCUCUGGUAUAAUAUGCUUGCAUUGCAAAAUAUGAAUCAGGAAAGAAAAUCCUAAGUUUAGAGAAGUUAUGGAACUGGAAAGUUAAGGAAAACUUUCUGAAUUUAUGUAUAACUUUUAUUAAUCUUUAAACAUGACAAAAACCAAGAGAGAAGUGAUGGUUAAAGUGGGCUGAUAAAACACUGUAUAACUGUUUACUAAGGUAUAGAAGUAUUUUAGUUUGGAAAGUGUUUUCCUAUUAAAGUAUUGCUGGCAUCUUAAUUAGUGCUAUUAAUGCAAUUUCAUAUGUUUUAUAUGCAAUACUAUUUCAGGUGUGUUCUUAUAUACCAGAUAUUUAUUCAGAAUACAUUUGUAUAGAGACUCACAUUUAUUGUAAAAUCAUCUUUGUACUAGAAGCUGGCAUAGCUGUUAUCCUAUUGUAAAUUCAAUUUAAUCUAUUUCAGGGAAAUUUAUUUGCUUCAUGACAUCAUUUGUCCCUAUAUGUAUAAAGUAGUAGAUCUUGGCAGUGUUCAGUUUAUUUUGUGAUCAGUAGCUCAGACGUUUGUCAUUGGGGGGUUUAGUACUGUAGUGAAUAAGUCACUAUUUAUUAUUCAUACAUUUUUGUCAUGUCAAUGCUACCUAGGUAUAAGGUGUGCUUAUAAAAGCAAAUACUCAGGUACUUUUUUAAAGAAGUAUUUUCAAAGUACUCCUUAGUCACAGAUCUUAAUGUGUAUUUAUAAAUGCAGAUGUAAAAAAAAAGAGUUUUUCUGGAAGAGAAUGAAGAGACUUUUUCAAUUGUAUUUGGUAGUGUCAUGCCUGCUGUAACUUGAGUCCAAAAUACCGCAGUUGGAAGAGGAAUUAGCUUUUUUUAGAGUAUAUGGUGAGACUAUGCCAAGAUCUUCCAGGUCCACAAAAUGAAAUCCUCAAGGAGGGGAAAAAAGUGGAAAGGGCACAGUAGUUGUCUUUUUAUUAUUUGUAAUAUUUCAAUACAUGUCCAAGUGGGUAGUUUACCUCAUAAAGAUGAGGGCUAGUGGGAUUCAUUUCUGAUGCAAGAGUGGCUUAUCUUGAGACUCGGGAAUGCAACCUUCCCUGUUCCUAACCUCUUCAUAGUCUUUCCAGUUAUUUGUUCCUUUAUUUUUAGUAGUAUGUUCUUUCAUUAAUCUUAUGUUGUGAUAUACCCUUACUUCCUUAACUGGAGAUAAUAGAUUUUUUUUUGCUAUAUUCUAAUCCUCACACACACACUACUUAAUAUUGUAGUGCAAGCAAAACUACUUAAACCACAAAAUGAAUUGAUCCAUUACAAAUGAAAAUCAUUAAAUGUAACUUUACUGUUAUCUUUAUCUUUCAAUUUCUUCUUUUUUCCCCUUAUUUAAAUCUAAAACUAAACCUCUUCUUUUGCCACAAAGAUCUUGUCUUAAUGCAAAAAUUCAUCCAGUUGAAUCUCAAGGAUAAAAAUAAUAAAUAGAUUUUUAUGAAGACCGUAAGUAUGCAAAGAUAACAGCUUUGUCUAAUUCAGACUCUGCAUGAAGAGUGUGUGUGUGUGUAUGUAUAUACACACAUUGAGAAGAAAGUUUGAGGUUAUUGGGAUGCACUUAGAUUUACAUGCAUUGUUUUCAUAGAUGAGUAAAGCUUUCUGUUAAAAAUAGUAUAGUAGUAGUUAAGAAUCAAAAGCAAAGUUAGUUUCCAUGGUUUUAAUAUGGGGAGUAGACAGAAUUACAAACAAAAACCCCAUGCUUGAUUAUAAUUCUUCAGUGAUUUUUUUCAUUCAAGUGUUAACUGAUUAGUUCAUUGUUCAACCCUGAUUAAAGGAAGAAUACAUUUGAAAUAUGACAUGGGAUAUCUCUGGAUGUAGAGUGAAAUACAACUGCGUUUCUAGGAUCUUAAACUUUUAUACUGAACUUCAAGUAUUGAAAAGGUACAUUUAGCCUAUGAAAUAUAUAGUUACCUAAAAGCUUUCCUUUGUUACUGUUUUCUGGUUUUAAGCUAUAAAGUGCAAAACUUUGCUCUAAUACAGUAUGAAGUCCUGCAUUAGAUUUACAUGAAGUAAUCUAGAACACUUGACAGCUUUUUAAUUUUAGUUUUGAGUACUUUAUGGCAUCUUAAACACCAACUUUUCUAUGAAUACAAAAUCUCUGAAAGGUCUUGCAAUUCCACAUUUUAAGCUGGCCUCUAAACAUACUGUUCUAAUCUCAUCUAUUUAGCAACCAAAUUGCCCUUCUAGUGUCCUCAGAACUCAUCAAAAACUGAUGUAUUCAAUGGGCUCAUUUACAGUGUAGUUGAAUCUUAUUUUUUUCCUUAUUAGAAAACUUAGAGCAACUGUUUUAUAAGCUUACUCUGAAGGUAAAGCAGGUAAGCAAGUUAUCUUGUCACAAACAUGUAUUGGUUUACUUAAGUUUUCUAUUUCCCUGAAACUUGAUGCAGAAAUGCUUGGGAAUUUUGGUGACAAGACAGUAAGAAUGGAAUAAGAUGGUAUCUUAUACCUGUGAUGGGUUGGUAUUCAGCCCUCGUAGAAGAAGGUAAAGUUUGAAGUGAAAGAGCUGCUCACUCUACCAAAGCCCAGUUUCGAAAUGAAUGAUUAUUUCAUUAAUCUCUGCAUGGUAUGCAAGUUCUUUAGAAAUGGCGUGGACUUGUGUCAGAAUUCUGCUGUUCAACCUCUUUUGUGCUAUAGCACAUAUGUGGAAGAAAUCUUUUGUAAUUAAUUUGAACCUUUUAUUCACUUGAACCUCCUUAUAUAUUGGGCAGUCUUUUAUCUACAAAACUUAACAUCGCUUCUUUAGGGAUUCAACCUCACUAUCACUUUGCUUUGUCUUUCCUUUUUUACCUAAUCCAUUAUUUUAGGGUUGAACUGUAAAUUCUUUUUGGUUAUUUGUAUAUUACUGUUCUUUAAUUAUAUAACUUAAGACUUUCAUGAGUGUGGGAACUGUCCUUUGAAAGUUGCAUUCUUAUGAGCCUAAACUUAAAUGUACAACUGCAGAAGUUUGGGUACUCCAAUCUUAAGUAUUAUUUGCUUUGCAAUGAACAUAAAACUGAUAUGUUACUAUGUUUUGUAGCUUCUUUGUAUUAUGACAUGAUAUAUCUAAUUUUAGUGGCUGUUUUUCCAGUUAUACCUGUAAUAUACUGGAGAUCAGUGUUCCAGGAUGUUUAUAGUUUUUCCAUAUUACUAUGAACUUUAUGAAUGUGCAGAUUUAUCGACCCCUAGUGGGUUGUUAGGAAAAUGGCUGUUAAUUUAAUAAGUGCUAAAUGAAAAAUUUAAACCUUUUUCAAUGCUGUAUCUGUUUCAAUGCUCUUUUUCUUCUGUUUGCAGCUGGUUUAGCGCCUGAAUUUAAUUUCUGGUGUUCCGUUUCCAGCCUCUGCAGAAUUGCCUAUUGCAGUAACUCCUCUUAACAACACGUCCAAAACAUGAAGUUAGGUGUCUCUAUUUUAACGAACACUUGUGGCCGUAGCUGAGAACUUUAAAAUUAUAGUACAGCAGAAAUUUAAAACUAAAUGGUCUUUUUUGUGCUGUGUAAGGUGGGCUUAUUUUUAACUAGCUUCAAAAUUUGAUUAGCUACCCUUCUUGGGUAGUAUGAUACUAUAUAAAUAAAUUAAAGCAAAUUGUAAAUCAUCUGCUCAAGUUUCACUGACCUCUUAGUGCUUAUUAAAUAAUUAUAAUUUAUCAGUAAUAUUCUGAAACCUUCUGCUUCAUAAAAUAAUCACUUUAAAACAGUAUUUUCAUGCUAAAGCAGCAUGUAAAAUACUGCAUUUCUAGCAAACUUUUAAAGUAAUUUUAAAUAGCUCUAGUAUUUUUAAUCAUUUAGCUGACAUUUAAAUUUUCUGGGAGAUGAAAUUAACUCUUAAUCAUGCUGUGGAAGUUUUACGGGCAUUUAUUUCACAUGAAUUAAAAUGAAGUACUGAAUAGUGAAUUCACAUUUGACUUAAGCAAUAAUAAAUUAAAAUAAGCCUGCUCAAUAAUUAAACUUAAAUUGAACUUAACUAUAAUCAUAACUCUGUGUGUUUCCAAGUAUCAAAAUCAGAAAUUAAGCCCUACUGUAAAUUUAUUUUUCUAUGCAAGUUUGACACAAUAACUUCCAUUUUUUUAUUUUGUACACUUGAUUUUAUAGGCUUCAGGUAGUAAAGUAGUGUUUAUACCAGUUAAUAUGAAAUACUCCUUUCACUUUUGGGUAUUUAAAUUGCUAAGAAAAGGCCAAAUACAAUUGUUUGCAUUUACUAAUAUUUAGUGGUGCUUAUUACAUAAAGCACAUUGUUUAAAGUGAAACUUACACAGCAAUCAAAAAUGUCAAAAAGACCUCAAAUUCAUAUUUUUGUGGGAGCACCCAGUAUUCCAAGCUUGCUGGAGGUGUCAGAGCAAAGUAGUUCAGCACCUGCUGCUGAAAAAUGGAGGGAACUCCGCUGUUUUUGUGAUACACAUAAUCUUUUUUCUGAAAAAGUCAAAGGUGCUGACCACUUAGUGUCUCAGGCAGAAAGCUCUGUAGUCACAGCAGUUCCUACAAAUGAUGACAGCUCUGAACAGGGAAGAUUAAUGGUAGCAAAAGAAUAUUUGACAUGUCAUGUGCCUGUAGCAGUAACUUGUACCAUCACACCUAAAAAGACUGAAAGUUUGAUUUAUUCUGAUUGUCAAAUAUCUACAGAUAGAUGCACUCAUGCAAAUGUAAAUCAGGCUGCAGAUCAACACCUUCCGCAAAAAUUUGCAGAAUCAGCUAGAAAAGAUACACAAUUACAUGGCGGCUGUUCAGACCUCACUGAAAGAAAAGCUAGUCAUUUAGAAGUUAACAGCUCUGACAUUUCUGAUUUGGUUGCCAGUACUAAGCAGAUUACCAUACAGCUGAGGUCUGUGGGACAAGGUGUUCAAUCAGAUUGUAGAAGUGAUCACCAUGAACAUUUAAGUCAAUAUCUGGAUAUGUGUUUCCCCCAAAAUCAAGAGUCAAAACUGAAAGGAGAACCAAGUGAUUGUUCAGACUUUGCAGUGUCAACAGAUACUGAAUUUCGUAGUAUAAUGACUUCAAGUCAGAUGGCUAUUUUUGCAUGGGAUCGGAAGGAGAUGCAGGAAAGAAUCAUAAAACUAUCAGAAACAGAAGCAGGCAAAACACCUGAAGAAAGGCAAUGUGAUCACUUCCAAUUUUAUUCUGAUGUUGGAUCAUGUCUUAAUGUGGCUGGAAAUGAAUAUAAGGAAGAGUAUACAAGUUCCCUUGAACUUUUCAACUCUGAGGGCGAUGAGAAAAAUGUUUGCGUUGAGGCCACAAAACAAGAAGGAAGUGCUCAGGAAAAGACAGAAAAGUCUCAAGAACUUAAAGUUCCUGAUGAGCAAUUUUUAGAUGAAAUCCAUAUUGAACCAUUAAGCUCAGGAAUAUUGUGCUCUCAAGUAGAGAGUUGUCAGAAGAGCUCUUCUAAAAGAGGCCACAACUGUGAAGAUUCCUUUCAUAUUUUUCCCUCAGCAUUUAAAAGACAGCUGAAAUCAAAGAGGGCUAAACUGAAUUCCUCUCCAGCUGGUCUUGGGAUGAGAGUGGAUGAUGAGAGGAUGACAGAGUUCAAGAAACUUCAAAAGAAACUAUCACCACUUAAGAACUGCUGCUGCAAAAAUCAAAAGUACAAUGUUUUGGUUGCAGUAGUACAUCCUUGUCAUAUCAAAGAAAUACAGGUGAAGACUAGACUAAAAUCUUCAUGUAAAGUUCCUGUAGCAACAAUUGCAGUUAUUGACCAGUCAGAAACUGAGAGAAAGGUGGUGCUGUGGCGUGGUGCUGCGUUUUGGUCACUCACUGUGUUUCCUGGGGAUAUUGUACUGCUUACAGAUAUGAUAGUGUACGAGAAUCUUUGGUGUGGAGAAAUCAUGCUGCAGUCUACAUUUACCAGUCAGUUAUUGAAUCUGGGGAACUGCUCGUGUCUCAAUCCAGAAGAAUUUUAUCCUAUAGUGGAUGGUGGUGUUCUCCGUGGCUUAUUGGCAUACAUAUCAUCAGAAUUUCCCUACUUUGGACGCAUUCCACGAAGAAAAGUUCAGAGACUGGACAGUGUUCAAUAUAUGCAGCUUGACCAGCUCCAGCCAAAUACAUUGGUUCAUGCCAUAUUGAAAAUUAUCAACAUUGUUGUAUUAACAGAAUCUGUGUACAGCUACAGAGGUGGCAACCAAAGAAAAAUUAUUCUAACAGUAGAACAGAACAGAGAUCAAUGCUAUAGGAUGGUGCUGUGGGGAGCAGGGGCUGCCUGGUGCCCUCAACUUCAAAGGAAAAAAGAUCACAUAUGGGACUUCAAAUAUCUGCUGGUCCAACAUAGUUCUGUCUCAGGUGACUUUGAACUGCACACAACUUCAUGGUCAUCCUGUGAGUGCUUGUUUGAUGAUGAUAAAAGGGCAAUUGAAUUUAAAGAAAAGUUUCAGAAAAGCAAAACAUCCCUCAUGCAGAUGACAAAGCUCUCGGCACAUUUGGAGGAAAAAUGCUCAGGAGUGGUUCAAGUGAAAGCCCAUAUCUUAGAACUGAAGUUUACCAUUUCAACUGGUCAGUACAAACAACUCGUCUUCCGUGCUGACACUUCACUGGAGUAUGUUUUGGCUUCUCUGCCUAUGAUUACGUAUUCAGGUUGUGCUAAAUGUGGUUUGGAACUACAGGCAGAUGAGAACAUGAUCUACAAGCAAUGUAUUAGAUGUUUGCCGUACAACAAAGUAAAAACAUUCUACAGACCUGCUUUGAUGACAGUAGAAGAUGGAGGACAUGAAAUUUAUGUUCAUGUGGUGUCUGAGUUAAUGGAAAAAAUCUUCCUCAAUAUUCCUGCGGACUGGCUGAACAGAUUAGUAGUGCCCUCUUCAGAUAUAACAUACAGCACAAUAGUAGCAGAUCUGUGUCAUUUGCUGCUAGCAGAUACAGAAGCAUCCUAUUUGUUGGAAAUUAGGAGCCAUUUUGUGCUAGAUGAAAACAGCUAUCCUUUGCAAAAGGAUUUCCAUCUGCUAAACUUUCAUCUUGAUCUUUGAAGCAUUGACCUCUGCAAUAACUGAGUAACAGAGACCAUAGGAACACACAGAUGGCAAACAAGAAAAAUCAAGGAAGCAAAUAUUUUUAAAAAUACAAGAAAGGACUUUGUUUUUAACUUAAAAGGACUGGUAUGGAAUAUCUGCUAAUAGUGUAUACUGCUGCUGUAAUACUGAUAAAUUGUCAUAAAGUAUGUUUUUAUACAUGUAUUUUUCUUUAACUCUUACUGGGUAUCUGUUUUCCCUUUCUCCCUGGAAAAGCUCACUAGUACUGAGAGACUGAAUUUUUCGUUGAUAUGGCAGGUUAGAGGAAGACAGCCACGAUUCAGUAAUAUUAUUUUAGUUAAGAUUUUUCUUUGUCUUAUUGUAUACAUUAUCUGUAACUUGGUUAUGUCUUUGCUUGCUUUGCUAUUUUGGUUGCUUUCCUUUAAACAGCAGAAUCUCUGCCAUUUACCCAUAGCAAUUUUGCUGCCAUUGUUUUCUCUUGUAAAACAGAACUGUCUCACUGAAUCUAAUUUUGUGUAUCUAGAAGUUAUUGCACAAAUUUAAACUGUUUUAAACCUUUUAAUUAACUGGUACAUUCUUUUAUGGACCCUUUAAAUUGUUUAAUUGUUGUAGUAUUUGUUGUUGUAGUAUUUAUCCAGCAUAAGCUGGCAAAUAAACUUAAUCACCUUAAGCCAAUUUAAUCAGUUUAACACAGGUCUGCAAAGUUUUCUCCCAACUUGAUCAGAUUUAGAAAUUAAUUUAAUUCUUUUUAAAGUCUUAGUGUAUUCUGAUAGUGAUUUUUGUCAGUAAGACUGAGUAAAUGAUGACUGCACCUGACUUCAUAGAGUAACAAUCUCAUAAAUAUUAAUCUGUAAAAGUUAUUAAAUACAUCAGUAUUUUUCUCUGAUAUAAAUAUCUUUGAUAUAAAUUGUUCCUUUUACAGAAGCUGAUAGAAACUGUAAGUUAUGAACCAUAUUUGCUGUCUGGCUAGAUCCUUGCAGAUCUCUACCUGUGCAGAUUUCUACCUGCACAGUUCUCAUUCAGAAAAUCAGUUUCCACAUGUACUGUUUCAGCUAUCCUCAGGCUUCAAACACAGCACUGUUCUCAAAACUAAAUUUAUAAAUUUAAAGUUGUCAAAUGUACUAUGAUGCAAGUAAUAUGACUGCAACAGCUUUCACGUGCUGUUCUUGAAGUAAAAGUGAGAACUCCUGGGUUGAGAUAUGGACAGUUUAAUAGGUAAAGCAAAAACCUGUGCAGAAGCAAAGCAAAAAACCAAGGAAUUCAUUCACCACUGCCCAUUGGCAGGCAGAUGUUCAGCCAUCUCCAGGAAAGCAGGGCUCCAUCAUGCACAAUGGUUACUUGGGAAGACAAAUGCCAUCACUCAGAAUGUCGUAUCCCCCCCCGCCUUCCUCCUUCUACCUUCAGCUUUAUAUGCUGAGCCUGAUGCCAUAUGGUAUGGAAUAUCCCUUUGGUCAGCUGGGGUCAGCUGUCCUGGCUGUGUCCCCUUGCAACUCAUUCUGCACCCCCAGCCUCCUUGCUGGUGGGGUGGGGUGAGAAGCAGAAAAGGCCUUGGCUCUGUGUGAGCACCGCUCAGCAGUAACGAAAACAUCCCUGGGCUAUCAACACAGCACUGUUUUCAGCACAGAUCUAAAACAUAGCCGUGUGCCAGCUACUAUGAAGAAAAUUAGCUCUGUUCCAGCCAAAACCAGCACAAUGUCUGUUCUAAAAUGGUGAUAAAUUGCUCUGACUGUCAUUUGACAGGGUUGUACUCUCAUGAAGUUACGUGCUAGACUUAUUGCAGAGCUCUAGAAAUUUCUGCAUUAGUCAAUAGCAAUGGGAAGUAUUGAGGAGUGUGUCACAUCUAUUUCUUGUGUAUUUCUUGGAUGAGGGUUUUCUGUGCUAUGUAUUUUGGUAAAAUUUUAAAAUUUUUUAGAGCAAACGAAGCAUAGUUAGCCAUGGAGAGGUCUUGUAAUCAUUCUUCCUCCUUCAUCUUGAUACAAGUCUCAAGCACAAGACCUGAUGGAUGACCUGUAAAAGGAUGAGUCAAAAAGGACCUUUCUUAUUUACUUCACUUGGAUGACCUCGGUCAAAGUCAAGUUUAUUGAUCCAGUAGGCUGUUGUUACUGUUUCAGAGAGUGCGGGAUUACUGGAACAGACUUCUUUAUGACAGAGCUGCUACCUCAGUGCUAUAUUUGGAAAGAGUUACUAUGUAAACUGCUUGCACAGUCUGACUUUUCCUUACUUUCUUACUACUUCAUGCAUUUUUCUUCCAAGUGCACAAGAGUCACUCAGUGCAAGCCUGGGUGGACAGAUGAGGAAGGAGCAAAUUAAAACAGGAAUUCUGGAGCUGAUAGCAGAGCGGAAAUCACACUUACUGACAGCAUGGCUCUCCUCCUGGAUCUUUAAUCCCCUUGCCCUCAGAACCACUACAGUGAGACGGCCAAGGUAGUCAUUGUAGCUGAGGGAGAACUGGAUAUCACCGUACUCUGAAGAAGGCUUUGGAAGCAGAAGAACACUUUUCAGAUAUAUCUGAAAAACUCUCUCUUCACACAGACAAACGGGGGGAAAAAGUUCUUCAUGCUAGUGGUUUCUGCCUCACCAAGGCAUGUGAUGCCUAUUGCCUUGCCUCUUCUGCUUUUUCCUGCUCUUACUAAUUCAAACCAAGCAAAUAACAAAAGGGGCUUUCUUAUCUGUCUCCUAAUUCAUGUGACUGUUUCUGAGCAGUUGGAUAAUCCCUAUACAACAGCUCUGGAUCUGCAGUGGGAAGAUAACUUGGCCUAGGAGAUGAUGCUUUUUCUGUUGAUCAACAUGAUAAACCAAGAACUUCAGAGUCCUUUGGAGCAACAUUCUACUAGAAACCUG